GCGUCUUUUCCCUGCUCAGUGACUAAGCUGCCGCCGGAGCAAGAUGGAGGUUCCGUCGUUUCUGCCGCCUCCCUCGUUUUGGGCCGCGGGCCCCGCGCCGGGGGAGCUUUACUCGCCUCCUUGCCCGGGAAAGGGCUUCGGGCUCCAAGCCCCAGAAGGAGAAGGAGUCAACAGAACCCUGAGUCCCAUGGUGACGGGCACAUCGGUGCUGGGGGUGAAAUUUGAUGGCGGGGUGAUCAUUGCUGCCGACAUGCUGGGCUCCUACGGCUCCCUCGCCCGCUUCCGCAACAUCUCCAGGGUCAUGAAAGUCAAUGACAGCACCGUCUUAGGGGCCUCGGGGGACUACGCCGAUUUCCAGUACCUGAAGCAAGUCGUCGAUCAGAUGGUGAUCGAUGAGGAGCUGCUGGGAGACGGUCACAACUACAGCCCGAAGGCCAUUCACUCCUGGCUGACCCGAGCCAUGUACAGUCGCCGGUCCAAGAUGAACCUCUGGAACACAGUCGUGAUUGGCGGCUAUGCCAACGGCGAAGGUUUCUUAGGCUACGUCGACAUGUUGGGCGUGGCUUACGAAGCCCCUACGCUUGCGACCGGAUACGGCUCCUACGUGGCACAGCCAUUGAUGCGGGAAGCCCUGGAGAAGAAGGGCACGCUGUCCAGAGAAGAGGCCCGGGCCCUUAUCGAGCGCUGCAUGAAGAUCCUCUACUACCGAGACGCCCGCUCGUUCAACAGGUAUGAGCUGAUCAUCGUGACGGAGAAAGGCGUGGAAACGGAAGGGCCGCUCACCUCUGACACCAACUGGGAAAUAGCGCACCUGGUUAGCGGCUUCGAAUGAGGCUGAAGAAAGGGAGGGGCUACAUCGGCCACUUCUCUGCCGAGAUGUUCUCAAAAGUUCUUGGAUGCUGCACCGGGACCACUGCUGGACAUCUUUUUGUAAACAAAAUAAACAGUAUUGUAAACAAACAAAAAAA